AUGGCGGACGAGUGGGACGAGCAGACGGGGUCCGAGCGCAGCGCGGACGAGCGUUCGGAGGAGGGACACGCGGAGCAGGAGAAGGAGCAGGAGCAGGAAGAGCUUCCGUCGACCUUUAAAGAGCUCGGCGUGAUCGAGCCGCUGUGCGAGGCAUGCGAUAAAAUGCACUUUACCAAGCCGACCGCGAUCCAGGCCAAGGCCAUUCCCGAGGCGCUGCAGGGCCGCGACGUGAUCGGUCUCGCGCAGACGGGUAGCGGCAAGACGGCCGCAUUUAGUAUUCCGAUCCUGCAGGCGCUGUGGGACAAUCCGCGCCCGUUCUUUGCGUGUGUCCUGGCGCCGACGCGUGAAUUGUCCUACCAGAUUGCGCAGCAGAUCGAGGCGCUGGGUGCGACGAUCGGUGCACGCUGUGCGACGAUCGUCGGUGGCAUGGACAUGAUGAGCCAGUCGAUCGCGCUGUCGAAGCGGCCGCACGUCAUUGUCGCGACGCCGGGCCGUCUGCAGGACCACCUGGAAAAUACCAAGGGCUUUAGUUUGCGUGGCCUCAAGUACCUCGUCAUGGACGAGGCCGACCGCUUGCUCGAUCUCGACUUUGGGCCGAUUAUCGACAAGCUCCUGCAGAAUAUCCCAAAAGACCGCCGCACGAUGCUCUUUAGUGCCACGAUGACGACCAAGGUCGCCAAGCUGCAGCGCGCCUCGCUGCGCAGCCCGGUGCGUGUGGAAAUCGGCACAAAGUACUCGACGGUCUCGACGCUGCACCAGUACUACCUCUUUAUGCCGUUUGCGCACAAGGACACGUACCUCGUCUUUCUCGCCAACGAGCAGGCGGGGCACUCGAUCAUCGUCUUUACACGCACCGUGAACGACGCACAGCGGCUCGCGGUGAUGCUGCGCAUGCUCGGCUUCUCGGCCAUUCCGCUGCACGGCCAGCUCUCGCAGACCGCACGUCUCGGGGCGCUGAACAAGUUCAAGUCGGGGGGGCGCAACAUCAUGGUGUGCACCGAUGUCGCGGCGCGCGGUCUCGAUAUCCCGGCCGUGGACUUGGUCGUGAACUUUGAUAUCCCGACGCACUCCAAAGACUAUAUCCACCGCGUCGGUCGUACGGCGCGUGCGGGACGCCAGGGACGCAGUGUCACGCUCGUGACGCAGUACGACGUCGAGCUCCUGCAGCGUAUCGAGGCGGCGAUCGGCAAGAAGCUCGCCGAGUUCCCGGGCGCAAACGACCGCGAGAUGGUCAUGCUUCUCUCGGAGCGCGUGGGCGAGGCGCAGCGUGCCGCCAUCCGCGAGCUCCAAGAAAAGGGGCUGGGCGGCGCGGGCGGCGCGGGCAAGCGCAAGCGCCGCAUGGCGGCAGGCAUGGACGACGACCGCGACCGGGACGACGACGUCGUCCAGGCGGGCUCGUACCGCAGCAAGGCCAAGGGCGGCAAGAAGCGCAGGUAG